CAGAAUGAAACUGUGGUACAGGAAGUGGGUGCUACAGUGCUGUCACUCUUUGGCUCCUCUGCAUAAUGGAAUCCCUUCAUCUUCUGAUUAUUCUCUGGGCUGUUCUCCCUGGUAAGGAAAAAUAUUGUGUAAUUAAUGUGUUUUCAUUAUUUAAAAAAAAAAAUCAUAGGCUGCUAGGACUGUACUUAAUGAGAAAAUCUGAAGGAAGAUAGUGAAGAUUUCUUUGUUUCUGAUUCUGCAAGUAUGGCAAGCACUUUAUAAUUAGAUGUUAUGUUUAUGUCAUUGCUGAACUUGCAUUGUUCAAACAAAACAGGUAAAUACUCUACAAUUGUUGAUAUUCGUUUGUCUUCAUGUUUUCUAAUAUAUUUGAUGUGAACAAGGUUCAUAUCUGAUUUAAAUGUGGACAGUUUAGCCCUAUGUAUUCUGUAUUCUCUUCUCUCAGUAACAUACAGUCUGUCAUCACUGAAGGAAAUUAGGGGACAAAAAGGAGGAUCAGUGUGGAUUCCCUGUUAUUACGAUGUUAAAUACAGAAACAGUGGGAAAUUAUUUUUUUACAAAAAUAUAUUUGGCCGCCAUAUUUUGGCACAAACGGAAUCGAUUUUAACAACUGGAGCUGCUGAUAGAAUCACAGUCCAUGAUGAUAAAUCUCUUGGAAUAUUCACCAUUACAAUGAAGAGGCUAAAGAAGAGUGAUGAAGGUUAUUACUACUGUGGUCUGAAAAGAGAGAAGGAGAUUGAGGAAUUUUAUCUGUACCUCAGUGUGAAUGCAGGUGACUAUGGUCUGUCCAUCAACAGCAACAGAAAUGUGUUCACAGGACGGGAGAAGGGGUCACUUGCGGUCUCCUGUAAAUAUACCCGUGCCAAAUAUGUGAGCUUUAUAAAAUACUGGUGUAGGGGGAGAGACUUUGACUCCUGUCAAGAAUUAAAAAGAUCAGAUUCUCCCAGGCAUUACAAUAAAAGAGUAUCAAUCAGAGAUAACGCCACAAGUCAAGAAUUUACAGUGACUAUGACCGGUCUGCAGAGUACAGACUCAGACUGGUACUGGUGUGCAAUAGAAAAGGCGCAUUCACAUGAAAGAGUCCCUGUCUACAUCAGAGUCAUGCAAGCAUCUGAAACUGAACUACAAAUAGACACAUCAACAUCCCUGCAGUCGACAGCGACUAAUGUGAUGAGCAGAAAUCAAAGUGUUAAGUCUACCAAUAACACUGAACAUCAAUCAGAAACAGCAGGAACGCACAGUGCAGCUGAAGACAGCAGAGCGCAUUUGACCAUUGCCCUAGUGAUUGGUAGCCUGCUUCUUCUUUUCCUGGCAGCCGGAGUUUUUACUCUUAGAAUGAAGAGGAACAGGAGGGUGGAAAAUCAAAAUGAAAAAAGGGCUAUGCAACCACAAGGAGAAGGACCAACUGAAGUGGACACAGAACCACCUUCAGAGGACAUGCAGUAUGCAGUUAUUUUAUUUCACAGGAAAACAAAGGACGACACAAAGCCAUCUAGGGACCCUGAAGACAGUGUCACUUACUCUGCUAUUGGCAUCAAAGGGACACCAGAUACGUACAUGUCUGAAAACUAAGGAUGUCGCAAAACAUGCACACCAAAGCUGAUGAACAGUGAAAACAAAGUAUUUUAACUAAGAGAAUACUAUGCCUUUCAAAGCAAAGAAACCACCCUUAGUAAUAUUAUAAAUAAUAUAAAAUAAUUCAAUAUUAUUUUAUACCAGUAUAAUCUCCCUCUAGACAUUAAAAUCGCUCAGUCAGUGUCAUCUUUUAAAACUGAGUACAUUUUUAUAGAUUAGGUAUUAAUGUCUUUUCAUUUAUUCACUUUUCUAUUCCACUAUCUGUAUAUUUGCUUUUAUUAUCGGUAUAUUGCCUCGAUUUUUCAUGUUUUAUUUUUGAUGUUUUACUGAUUGUUUGUUUUUAUGAUUAUGUGUUUGCUUGUGACUUUUACUUGAAGGGUGCUACAUGAAUUAAUUAAUUGCUCAGAGGAAAAGAUUUUAACAAGUAAUACUUUUUUCCACAAAAAAUACAUGUAUCACAAUUAUGGGGUUCAUAACAUGCCACCACAUUCUUUUUGUCAUGUUAUUCCUACAUAUGACUCAGUGCUGUACAGAUGGUUUAAAAAUACCACAAUGACCUUGUUGUCCCGUGCAAAUUAUUAUUGAUAACUUGGGUUCAAGACAAUGUCCCAUACCGCUGUUCUCAAUUAUGGUACUGCAUGGCGUGCACCAAUCCUGCAGUGUUGCAAUGGAAUUGCUGCAGAACAAUGUAACAGCUGAUAAAUUCAUCCUCUCAUAGACAGACAGGUCCUCUGAGUAACAUCAAUAAUGUAGAAGAUAACCAACAAAGCAGACGCACCCACAAGGAAGCACAGCAACAAGACCUCUGUUAGAGUUACAGGAAGCACUGCAGAUAUGAUCAUGCAAAUGCUCGAGACCAGAGGGUAGAUUAUAACACAUUGUAAUGGUGAGGAAUGUAUUUUAGUGCAUUUAAUAUUCAACCAUGAUGCUUCGUGUGGGGGAACAAUAAAAACCCUGAAAAUCUU